ACAGAAAGAGUGAAUGAAAGUUAAAGAUUGGAGAAGAGACCAGGAGAGGAGUGUACAGUUUCUGUUCUCCUUCAAUGAAACAUCUGACGACUCACUUCAAGGAUUAAAUCAAGUUAGAAAACCUAUUGCAGACUACUAAACAACCUGGAGCGUGCUGGUGCUUUGGAGGUUACACCAAUGGAUACUGUUAUAGCAGCAUCGGUUGCAUCAUGCUCCCUUUUUACUAAUGAACACAUGGAAGCUGUACGACAGAAGGAGGUGUACAGUGAUCAUGGCGGCCACUAAGAGAAUGACAAUCACGCCGGACUGCAUCUACUCCACUGUCAACAGGGUAAAGACGAGCUCUGCUAGUGAGCAAAGUGAUUUCCAUAUUGCCUCAGUGAAAAACAAGAAAGCUGGACAAAGAAGAGCGGGGGCACCAAAACUCCCCUUCACCGCAUUAGACAACCUGAGCAACCAGAGGGAAGAAUCACCCAUGAUGGCUCACAGGAGGUCGAGCUUUGACCGUCACAGCAGUGAAAACACUCUCCUGGUGGGCAACAAGCUCCCCAGAUCCAGUGGAGGCAAUAUCAAGGACAAGAUUUCCUUAUGGGAGGGGAAGGAACCCACAGAUUCACCCAUUACCUCAGGUUCUUUGGGCCAGUGUACCAUCAUAAAAAGGACAGAGUCCCUCACAAAAAACAAUAAAAGUUCUGAUGAGCAGAGUGCAGAGGGAUGCAGGAGAGUAGCCCAGAAGGAAAAGGAAAAUCUUGGGAAAGAGAAUGUAGGAAAACUUGGGGAAUCAAGGUCUUGUUCACCUGUUGAAACUGGGAAACAGCAAAGAGGGACGCUCAACAGGAGCAAGCCUAGUGAUAACCAAAAAGGUGAGGAAUGCAGCAGAGUUGUCCACAAAGAAAAGCAACCUCAUGAGAAAGAGAAUGUUGAAAAACUUAAUGAUUCAAGGCCUUGUUCGCCUGUUGAAACUGGGAAACAGCAAAGAGGUACCCUCAACAGGAGGAAGCCUAGUGAGAACCAGAAAGGGGAGGAGUGCAGCAGAGUUGUCCACAACGAAAAGCAACCUCGUAAGAAAGAGAAUGUAGAAAAACUUGGGGAUUCAAGGCCUUGUUCACCCGUUGAAACUGGGAAACAGCAAAGAGGGACGCUCAACAGGAGCAAGCCUAGUGAGAACGAAAAAGGGGAGGAAUGCAGCAGAGAUGUCCACAAAGAAAAGCAACCUCAUGAGAAAGAGAAUGUAGAAAAACACGGAGAUUCAAGGCCUGGUUCGCCUGCAGUAGCAGUGCAGCAGCAGGUGGGGACAUUGAGGAAAAGCAAUGAAAGGAAAACAGCAGAACAAAGCAGCCAAGAGAAGAGGGCUGUAUUCACCCUUUUUAAAAAUCUGGAGGCUAUGGGGGAGAACCAUGGGAAAACUCCUCCAGAGCUUGGAAACUACUUCUGCCCACCUAGCAAGGACAAACAGGUAGUUAUGGGUCAAACUGGUGUGGUGAAAGGGAAGCAACACCAGGAGAAUGUGUACACAGAGCCAGGGGUGCCCCCGAUCAAUCCAGUUCCCAAACCCAGACGUACCUUUGAGCAUCCGACUGCGACCGCGAUUGGAAAGAGUCAGAGGCAAAGGAAAGAGCAGAGGAACCUCCCGCCACUACCCUCCAUCUCUACAAAAACGUCCUCAAAACCUCCUUCUGGUUUCUAUGGGACACCCAAGGGUGAAAGAGUCAGAGACAAUGUCAACAGGAAAUCCUUUGAGUUUGAAGACUUUGCAGGGUCAACUAGCCCGCUCCUCUCUCGCUCACUGUCUCAGGAACAUCACUAUGAAGACAUCCCAGAUUUAUCCAAAGAGAACCCAUAUGAGGACAUAGAGCUGGAAAGUCAAUGCUCCCAGCAGUCUUUGCCCUCCUCUCCUGGCGCCGAUACCACCAAGAUGUCCAGGCCCGGCUUCUUCAGGCAGAACUCAGCCAGGAGCUUUAAGCUGCUGGACCUGCGGAGAACAAACCAGUCACCCCACAGUACCAGCAGCGGGGGUGUUUCAUCUCCACUCCAGCUCAGCCCUCCCUCCACUCCCACUGGGCCUGAACACAAUUCCUGGCUGCCCGGGGAUCCCUACAGUCGCACCUGCCGCAGGAUACCAACGGUUGUGCUAAGAAUCAACAGCAUCUUCGAGGCUCGAAUCGGGAAGAAACAUCUGCGAAGGAUCUAUCAUUACGCCGAGACAAGUUCAGGCAGAGUAACGGAUGACAACAGUGACUCUGAAAGUGAAGCUGAAGAAAGAGCGAAAGCUCAUCGCCAGCGUCUCGUGUCAGUCAAGUCCAUACUGAGCCAUCCAAACCAAGGUCACUACAACGGUACCAACAGCAGAAACAGCUCUCUGGAAAAAGAGCUCCACCAGCGUCUUCUCUUUGAAUAUUUUCUAGUCGUGUCACUGCAGAAGUCGAAGGCUGGCGCCCACUAUCUACCGGAAGUCACACAGCAGUUCCCCCUGAAGCUGGAGCGCAGUUUCAAGUUCAUGAGGGAGACGGAGGAUCAGCUGAGGAUAAUUCCUCAGUUCUGUUUCCCUGAUGCAAAAGCAUGGGAGCCAGUGGAGAACUACCCAAGUGAGAUGUUCUCCUUUGUUUUGACUGGAGAGGAUGGGAGCAGGAGAUUUGGAUACUGCCGGCGUUUACUGCCCAGUGGAAAAGGGAAACGUCUACCAGAGGUCUACUGUAUUGUCAGUCACCUUGGAUGUUUCAACCUGUUCUCCAAGGUGCUGGAUGAGGUGGAGAGGCGGAGGGCUUUGUCCCCAGCCCUUGUGCAGCCUUUUAUGAGAGCCAUCAUGGAGGCUCAGUUUCCAGCUCCAGGCAGAACCAUCACCAUUAAAACCUUCCUCCCUGGCUCAGGAACUGAGGUAAUGGAGCUCUGUCGACCUUCUGACUCGCGCUUGGAGCAUGUGGACUUUGAGUGUCUCUUCUCCUGUCUGAGUCUGCGCCUGCUCCUCCGGGUGGUGGGCUCUCUGCUGCUGGAGCGAAGGGUCAUCUUCACAGCUGAGAAACUCAGUACUCUUUCUCAGUGCUGCCAUGCUGUUGUGGCGCUGCUUUACCCCUUCGUAUGGCAGCACACUUACAUCCCUGUGCUGCCCUCGGCCAUGCUCGACAUCGUCUGCACUCCAACCCCGUUCCUCGUUGGCCUGCUGUCCAGCUCCCUGCCCCAGCUCACUGAGCUGCCCCUGGAGGAGGUUCUGGUUGUGGAUCUUGGACACAGUCGAUUUCUCAGACAGUUGGACGAUGAAGACUCCAUCCUGCCUUCUAAGCUCCAAUCAGCCCUGGAGAAUGUCCUGGAGAGGAGACGAGAGCUAGCUAAUGAUAGAAGCGGAGAAACGGCCGGUGAUUCCAGCCAUCUUAGCACCGUUGUGUCCGAGGCCUUUGUUCGUUUCUUUGUGGAGCUCGUAGGCCACUACCCACUCUUCAUCACAGGUGAACGGGAAGACGGUUACUCCUCUUCUUCUUCCUCCCCGGUCCCCUGCUAUUUCCAGCGUGAAGGUUUCCGUAAGGCGAUCCCGUCUAAGACUACGCGUCGCUUCCUGGAGGUCUUCAUGGAGACCCAGAUGUUCGGCUGGUUCAUCCAGGAGAGGGAGCUCCACAGGCAGGCUCUGAGAGGACUGUUUGAAGUGAGGGUGCAGGAGUAUCUAGACUCCAUCCACGAGAAUGAACACCGGAGGGUUAACAGGUUCCUUAAAGGCUUGGGAAGCAAAAUGAAAUUUCUUUCCAAGAAAUAAUUGCACAAAAAGAGACAAAGACUCAAAAGAAGUACUGACACAAGGGUGGACUUCAAGGAUCAAAGAAGUCCAACAAAAGAAGCUAUCCUUUGAGUGCUUUUUCAGAGACGCUCGUUCAUGCCAUCCUCUUCUGUAUCAAUGUGUAAGACUUUUGCUCAGAUACACAUAGCCUGUGGUGAAUCACAAAUUCGUCUCAUCGAAGGAAAAUCCUGCUGUAUUUCACAUGAGAUUGGGACUGUAGACUCACAACAAUGUUUAAGAGGUUCCAGGUGGGUUGGUUUUUAAGUUAUACACAAACAGACAAACCAGACAAAAUUGGUCUUAGGUAGGGGAGAAUUGGGCUGGUUGUCACAAUUUUUACUUUCAUUUGAACCCUUCAAACUGUAUCCUUAAUAGAUUCCCUUUCAACAUAUAAUGGUAGUCUAAAAUGUCAUGUAGGAAUGGAGUGACCUUACUCUCCUUAUGCUUACUCAAUUCAAAAGAUAUGGACUGUCAAAUAUGUCCAACAUGUUCUCAUCCCAACUUGUCAAAAUAUUGCUGCUUUGUCAGUGGACUUUCAGGUCUACUUAUGACACCAUAGGUAUCUUCCUGCCUCUGUUGUUAAUGUUAAUGUUCCAGGACGCCAUGUUAAUUUUUGCUUGUGACUUGCAUUGUGUCUUUUCAAAAUACACUCCCGUCUCCACAGGAAAUGUACGGUUUCUGCUCGUUAGAUAGAGUCUUCCUCAAAAUACACUUACGUCAAUAAAACACCUCAUGGUUUCGUUUAUUUCCUUGCACAACAAAGGUACAUGUUUAGUUUCAGAAAAAACAUCAUGGUUUGACUAAACAACACAUUCAUGAGAGAAGCGAACAGCAGACUCUUGGGUGAAAGUCCAGGGUUUGUUGUACCCACCCACCUUCCCUCCCACCUGCCCUAUAGAGACUUUCCAUUUCCUUACUUUACAUUGUUAUCGGCAGCUUUACAAACUGCCGCCAACCAGUGCGUUUCAUAACACUAGAAAAAGUACCUUUGUGCAUCAGUAUCCUACAUCUAACCUAUAUCUAAUGCCCAGAUCACUGACAAAGCCGUGGUUUUUGACGAGUUCAGAAUAAGAACAGGCUGAUAUGUCUUGUGCACUCACAACAGGGUUGGUUGUCUCUGUGUUAUUUUAAUGGGGAAAAACUAAAAUGGGAGGCAAUCUUAAAAAUGAACUUAGAAUGUUUAUCUUCAUUGAAAUGUUUUAUUGAAAUGCAACAACAUAACCAGCUCAUGCAUCAAGAAAAAAUGAGCAAGAAAAACUUAACCUAUAAGAGCAUUUUUUAUCCUUAUAUAACAUAAAGAACCAAACAAAUAACAAUACAUGAGGCAACAAACACUGAAGACAAUGUGCCAACCAUCCCCAACUAACAUAACAGCCACAAGUUGUAUCCUAGCUAAGAAACAUCCGAUCUAAACUACAGCUCUCCCUAUAUAUUUUUUAAUGGUGAUAGCUGUUUUAGUAAUGACCCCACUGUGUACAAGCUUAGAAGAGAAACACAGAGCAUUUUGACAUAUAACAGUUAAAGUCCUCACCUCUAUGUCAAGUGUCUUACUCCUGAAAUAACCCUGUAGGUGACCUUUGUCCCUAAUCCUGAAAAUUUAAGUACCAGUAUUUCUAACAGUGUCCUUUAUGGAGCGAGAUCUAAUGAAUGUGACAACCAACUCGUGACAACCAACCCACUGAAUUGGUCACUGAAUUGAGGAAAAUGAGGUGAAUCAUAUGCUACUCAGUAUGGUAGUCACUCUUUGUAUACACUGUAAAUGGACUUGAAGUGCACUGUCAUAAUAUUAUGUGAAUCCACUAGGGGGCAGUAGUAUGUUUACUCUGAUUAGAUGAUCUUGACACUAUCAGUGAGUGACCAGAGAAUGACACAGACCUGCUUUCCCGCUCUUUAAUGCUUCAGUUUUAUUUUGGUCAUAACAGUGACAACAUCACAAGUAAAUAAAUACAAUAAAACAAAUAAAUAUGUUUUCUGUUA